GUAGCAGGGGAACACAGACCAACCAUUCACACUCACAUCUACAACGCCUACAGCCAAUUAAAAUCACCAGUGAACCUAACAAGCUGUGUUUGGACUGUUGGAGGAAACCAGAGUACCUGGAGAGGACCCAGCCAGACUCCACACAAAAACAUCCGCCAGAUGCCUUCAUCCUCCACCUGAAGCUGAUCUGGACACAAACACUAUUCUUCCUUUGAUGUCAGAGGGGGAAAGUCCUCUGCUUUUGCUCGCAUCUACCGCGGUUGCAGAGCGACUCUUCCUUUUUCGGCCAGGCCGCUUUAGGACACGGCAGGGCGGAGAAGGAGCGACGCGGGGUUCGGUGCCGGAGCGGGUCUGCGGAGCUCUGGCAGCGGCUGCUUAAUGAAGGAAAGAGCCGCGGGCUGAUUACAGCACCGAGACAAGCUGCAGGAGGAAAUCCGAGGAGCUGAUUCUUUCUUUCAGAGUGAGCUGCAGAGGAAGCACAGGAGCAUUCACCAUGUUUCUGUCCGUGUGUCUAAUAUGGACACAGCUGCUGCUCACAGAAUCAUCUUCCAAUGAGGCCUCACCUUUACGGCACUCGGGUCGUUUCCCUCCAUCUUUGUAUGGUCAUCAGGAUGUGAACAAACUGCCAGAGUCCCAGCACCACCUCCAUCAUCAUCGUCACCAUCAGCGCCCUGCCAGAUUAGCCAAAGACCUACCUGAUGGUCUGUUUCCUCAGGAGCCCACCGGCCAGCAAAGCCUUAACCUGCUGGCACGACCACAUCACGAGGUGCAGCCGGAGCAUGCCGCUAUCUCGGCACGACAUUUGGUUACUGUGUACCUGGCUGUGGAUGUGAGAAGGCUGAACGUCAGUCUUCUUCGGUGGUUUCGGGAAGGUGUAGCGGCGGCGCUGGGCGUUCCUGUGGGGCACGUCCACAUCAACCAGCUGAAUGAGGAGAAGAAUGGCAUCGAGCUGUUUGUGUCCUCCGAUAGGCUGGGGAUCUCCGAGCCCCGCCCCGCCGAGGAGGUCAUCCAAUCACUGAACGUCAGGGUGCUUCAUCGCCACCUGGGACACUUUGGCAUCACCGAGGUCUCCACUGAGAAAAACGUCCUUCAGGGCGAGCAGAGGGACCACGUGUGGAGCAGAGAAGGCUUUUAUGCUGUCGUCCUCUUCUUCACUGUAUUCGUCAUCGUCAUCACCUGCUUGAUGGUUUUGUACCGACUGAAGGAGAAGGUGCAGGUUUCUGACAGACAGCUGAAAGCUCCGCCCCCUGACCUCCAUCUAACCCCGACAGUACCUCCAGACCCUGCCCAGAGGUCAAAGGGCACCAAGGUGAUCACGUGUGGAAGCAUGGUCCAAGCUGAGCUCCUGCCUGCUGUAGCCACACCCAUUCCCCAGCAACAGCCAAUCGCAGCCUGCCAUCGCCUCGGUCCACCUGUCGUCCCUCUGCCAAGCCCCGCCCCCACACCUGUACCAAUUAUUGGUAGCAACAACCACACACCCCCACCCAGCGUGACCCCAGUUACAGCCAAUAACGAGCUGAAGCCCUGCCCCUCCCCCUUCAGGAUGAAACCAGCUGCAGGACUUCAAGAAAGACGUGGCUCUAAUGUCUCCCUGGUGUUGGACAUGUCUGCUCUCGGUGCUGUGGAGCCCCUUAACGUCGCCGUGGUAACCCCCAGGGAGGCAGCAGCCAGGGAGUACCUGCUGUCGGCCGGCCGGCCGCUCACCCGACAGCAGCUGCGCGACAUCGUUAACAACACCCACAAGCUGCACGCCGAGUUUGCUGAAAUCCCAAUGAACUUCAUAGAUCCCAAGGAGCUGGAUAUUCCGAAUCAUGGGACCAAGAACAGAUAUAAGACCAUAUUGCCCAAUCAUCAUUCCAGAGUGAUCCUAAAGUCAAAGAGCUCCAACGACCUGCUGAGCACCUACAUCAAUGCUAACUACAUACGGGGUUACUUGGGGGACGAUAAGGCAUACAUCGCCACUCAGGGUCCUAUGGUGAACACGGUGAAUGACUUCUGGCAAAUGGCCUGGCAAGAGGAGUCACCAGUUAUUGUCAUGAUAACCAAACUGAAGGAGAAGAAUGAGAAGUGUGUUCUGUACUGGCCGGAGAAAAGAGGCAUCUAUGGGAAGGUAGAAGUGUUGGUGAACAGCAUCAGAGAGUGCGAACACUACACCACUCGCAGCCUCACCCUCAAGUGUGGGAACCAAACCCGCUCUGUGCAGCAUUACUGGUACACAUCAUGGCCUGACCACAAAACCCCGGACUCAGCACUGCCGCUGCUGCAGCUGAUGGCUGACGUGGAGACGGACAGACGGGCCGCCACCACCGUGGGACCAGUUAUCGUCCACUGCAGUGCUGGGAUUGGGCGAACGGGAUGCUUCAUCGCUACGACGAUAGGCUGCCGGCAGCUACAGCUGGAAGGAGUGGUGGAUGUACUGGGCAUCACCUGCCAACUCCGAGCCGACAGAGGAGGUAUGAUCCAGACAGGUGAGCAGUAUGAAUUUGUCCAUCAUGCCUUGAGCCUAUAUGAAGCCCGUCUAUGUGCAGAAACUGGCCAGUGAGGUUUAUCCACCUGACAAAGGUACAAGUGUAACCUGGAAGUGUGCUAAAACAGUCCUCUGCAGGUGUGAACUGUGGUUUGGGAAUUCUAAGUCUGGGAAAUUCUGGAGGAAGCCUUGGAAUUUGAUGGACAGCAUGGACAACCAAACAGGACUGUUCUGGGAAGAAUCUGCUCAAGGAAAAAGGAAAGGCAAAUUAUUAAGAAUGGAAUGUAUUUUUUCAUCUUUCCUUUUUCAUCAAACUCUGUGGACCCGCCUACUUCACUUCACUUAACUAACCGAUUGUUGGAUCGAGUUUUAAGUAACCAGACUCUCCCAUAAUGUCUCUUUCGUCAUGGAGACUUAAAAACUUUAAUUUACUGAAACUGAUGGUACAUUGUUCAAUAACACUAAUGUGUUUGUGUCUUCUAGCAUUUUCAUUAUUUUGUAAUGUGGUGUUUUUAUAAAAAUGGCUACUGAAAAAUGACUGUUAGCUGCACCAUUGGUUAAACUAUUCUAGUACUGUUGAACCAACACUUACAGCCCUGUUUGUGACCUCAGCAUGCUGUUUAUUACUCUCUGAUUUAGUCACAGUGCACUUCCUACACUUAGGUUAAGACAAGGUUCAAAUGCUCCUUUUUUAACCUGUUAUUUAGUGGUGGGUUUUUUUUUAAAUGUUUUUUCACAAUCUCAUUGACUUAUUAAACUGUUGCACAUCAAACUUCUCAGAGAUGCCAAACACACAAACUAGAUUGACAUCAAUAGGGCUAAUGCUAGGUUCAGAUACAUUAACAACUGACAUUGGUAGUUAUGUAAGCUAAUGGAUAGACAGCUAACAAAUUAAUUCUUUUAUCAAUGGUUGCCCAUGGGGCAACAGCAACUCUUACAUUUUUGUUUCUGUAAGUUUCCCAGCUUUUGCUGAGGUCCCAAAUGGGGUUACCUUUAGCAACAUGCUAAAAGCUAACAAACCAGAUUGAUGCUAAUCUUCCGCUAAGCUAUAGUUCUUGUGUACAGCAAAGCAAUUAGUGGCUAAUUAUAGCUCCAGUAGUUUUAUUGCUUUAAUGUUGAUAAAUAUAUACUAACCACUUAACUCAUGCUAUAACUAGUAGUGCAUUAUCCUAAUACAAUAUUUUUGUUAAACCAAUUAAAUCUAAUAUUUUGCUGCUAAGCUAAGCUUGUAUAGUGAUGUUAACAGUAGUUUAUGUAAUAUUCAUCAAGUACAGCCCCAGAGAAGUUCUGGCAGCAAUGCCAAGUCUAGGUAAUAUGGUAGCUGUAAUUUACAGUGCAAAAGAAAUAAUUAUUUUUCUUAAUCACCUUUAUGUUCACACUUAGAAAGACCAAUGAAUAAUACAUUAAAUGAAUAAUACAUUAAAUAAAUAAAUAAACAAAUGAAAAUACAUAGGGAAAUGGAAGAUGGUGGCUUACAAGAUAUCUCACAAGUAGUGUUUUUAAUUGUUAAAUUAAAAGUCAAAACUCAUAUAUUUGAUCUAUAAUUAAACCAGGUUGUGAUUGCUGAAGAGCACAGGGAGUGUAAAGGAACAAAAAAAAAAAAACAUAUUUUAGCUUUGGCCCAGAAACACCUCCACUAUCCUCCCAGCAGUUUGCACCCUGCCUAAUUGAAGGGGAUUUGAUAUAGCUGCUUCAAGCUCUAUAUUUUUAUUUAAGGUCUUUGGUAGCUUCGCAUGAUUCACAGUUCAAAUGAACACAGAAGACUGUAGCAAAGGACAACAGAGGUCUUCUCUAAAAUGAGUGUUGCCAUUUUAGUUUGGCCUUCUAAAACAGGGUCAAAAAAUACAAGCCAUUCCUGAUGCCACAAAUACGAAAUUAGUGCUGCUCGGUCUCAGAGUUUACACUCCAUCUAGUUAACCUAGUCUAGCAUUGACAUGUUCCCUGUUGUGUGAUAUAUUGCUUUAUACCAAAAAUGUGAAAUAUGGUGCAGUCAUCACAUCGAUGUGCUGUUGUAAAUUAUGUUAUCUAGUGAGUAUGUUAUUUGGUGUAUCAGAGUAAUAAUAACUUUAUUUUUAUACAGUUUUUACAUGUUUUUGAUGUCUUUAGCAGUCCUCUGUCAGCUGUAGCUAUUUGGGCUACAUAUCUCAUUAUCAUUAAAUGUUCGACAUGAAUUAAAAAUUGGCUUUUGGUCUGUUGGAGACAGAAAAUCCAAGCUUGACACAACCUCAAACCUUAGUUUUGUUUAAGCCUCUCUCUGUGUUGGAGCCGUAAUUUCUAAAUUUGCUUAAAACAAAUUACAGCUAAAGAGAAUAAAGAAAAAGUAUCGACUCUGA